AUGUCAACAGCAUUUCACCUUCAAACGAAUGGGCAGACUGAACGGCUCAAUAGGGCAUUAGAAGAAAUGUUACGUAUUUACACUACAUACAAACAAGAUCAAUGGGACGAGUAUUUACCUGCUGCAGAAUUUGCAUAUAAUAACUCUAAGCAAAUAUCGACGGGAUUUACACCUUUUGAACUUGAUACUGGUCAACACCCUCAUACGCCAAUUACACUAGCAAAGAGGACUACUACCAAUGUACCAGUAGCUAAUGAUUUUAUUGAACAUUGGAAUAUUAUGUUAAAAAUCGCCAAAGAUCAUUUGAGAGAAGCUCAAGAAAGACAAACAAAAUAUGGCCAAUAUCAUUUAACAGCCGAACAAGGAGAUCAAGUAUUACUCUCUAUGAAAAAUACUAAUAACCCGCCACAAAAAAGUUAA